UGGUGACCCUCUUCGGAGUCACCUUUUCCCUCGUGUCCUGCCUGAGGAGCGGCUGGGCGUGGGACGCCGUGGGCUGCGCGUGGGACGGGUUUAGCGGCAGCCUCCUGGGUAAUGGUUAGACAGCUGGGACCUGCACACUCCAUGCUUCUGGAAUGAACUGAGACAUCACCAGGAGAGAUUUUCAGCAUAAUCACACCUGAGAGGAUCCCCCGGCCUAGAUCAUUUGCAUUUCCUUCAUCAGCAGCUGUCACUAGACUCUUCACCUCCUAAGAUGGCAGACUGUCUUCCCACAGAGUUUGAUGUGGUUGUAAUAGGGACAGGUUUGCCUGAGUCCAUCCUUGCAGCUGCAUGUUCAAGAAGUGGACAAAGGGUUCUGCAUAUUGACUCAAGAAGUUACUAUGGAGGGAACUGGGCUAGUUUCAGCUUCUCAGGAUUGCUUUCCUGGUUGAAGGACUAUCAACCAAACAGUGAAACUGAGGAAGAAACUACUGCUGCAUGGCAAGACUUGAUCCAUGAAACAGAAGAAGCCAUCCCUCUUCGCAAGAAGGAUGAAACCAUUCAACAUACAGAAGUUUUUUGUUACGCUAAUCAAGAUACAGAGGACAGUGUUCAAGAGAUUGGUGCUCUGCAGAAGAACCCCUCCUCAGACACAUCUAGUACCCUCACUAAACCUCUGGAUUCCACUUAUCUACUUGAAGAAGGGCAUAGAGAAGUUUUGCUAGAAGUACCUGAUGUAGAGGAGUCAGUGGAGAAAGAAAAGAACUGCGGAGAUAAAACUUGUAUAGGCACAGUUCCAGAAGGAGAUAAAGAUGAAGACAGACCUGCAGUGGAAGACAACACUGAUCAACCAAAGAGAAAUAGGAUUACUUACCCUCAAAUGAUUAGAGAAGGCAGGAAAUUUAAUAUUGAUUUGGUAUCAAAGCUGCUUUAUUCUCAAGGAUUGCUGAUUGAUCUUUUAAUCAAGUCAAAUGUUUGUCGUUAUGCAGAAUUUAAAAAUGUUACUAGGAUUCUUGCAUUUCGGGAAGGAAAAGUAGAACAGGUACCUUGCUCCAGAGCAGAUGUCUUUAAUAGCAAAGAACUCACUAUGAUUGAAAAGAGGAUGCUAAUGAAAUUUCUUACAUUCUGUUUAGACUAUGAACAACAUCCUGAUGAAUACCAAGAUUACAAGCAGUGUUUAUUUUCAGAGUACUUAAAAACUAAAAAAUUAACUCCCAGCCUCCAACAUUUUAUACUACACUCAAUUGCAAUGACGUCAGAAUCAUCUUGUAGUACAUUAGAUGGCCUUAAAGCAACAAAAAACUUCCUUCGGUGUCUUGGAAGGUUUGGCAACACUCCCUUUCUGUUUCCUUUGUAUGGCCAAGGAGAAAUUCCCCAGUGUUUCUGCAGAAUGUGUGCAGUUUUUGGUGGAAUCUAUUGUCUUCGCCAUAAAAUACAAUGUCUUGUAGUUGACAAAGAAUCUGGAAGAUGCAAAGCAAUUAUAGAUCACUUUGGUCAAAGAAUAAAUGCUAAGUAUUUUAUUGUAGAGGAUAGUUACCUUUCUAAGGAAACAUGCUCAAAUGUGCAAUAUAAGCAGAUCUCCAGGGCAGUGCUCAUUACAGAUCAGUCUAUACUAAAGGCAGAUUCAGAUCAGCAGAUUUCCAUCUUGAUAGUGCCUCCAGUGGAACCAGGAACUUGUUCUGUUCGGGUCACAGAAUUAAGUUCAUCAACCAUGACGUGCAUGAAAGGCACUUACCUGGUACAUCUGACCUGUUCAUCUUUGAAAACAGCAAGGGAAGACUUAGAGUCAGUGGUGAAGAAAUUAUUCACUCCCUUUACUGAGACAGAAGCAGACGAAGAAGAACUCAGAAAACCAAGACUCUUGUGGGCUCUUUAUUUUAAUAUGAGAGAUUCCUCAGGAGUCAGCAGAAGCUCAUAUUGUGACUUACCUUCCAAUGUCUAUGUCUGCUCUGGACCUGACUCUGGACUGGGGAAUGAGCAUGCAGUCAACCAAGCGGAAACGCUAUUCCGGGAGAUAUUCCCAAGUGAAGAAUUCUGCCCUCCUCCUCCAAAUCCAGAAGACAUUAUCUUUGAUGGUGAUGAUAAGCAACCAGAUGGUCCUGAAACCAGUAACAUUAGGGCCAACCCAGAACCUCCUGAGGAAAAGCAAGACCUAGAAAGCCCAGGAAAGCACCUUCAGGAUUAGAGAAGAGCGAAAUGGAAAUGCUCUUCAUCCAGGCAUCGGAAUGUUCUUGUUUGAAGAACAGUUUCUGGAUGAGUAACUAGAUUUGAUUGUGUGAUAAAUGCUAUGCAAAUGUCCUUCACUGUCUUUGUGACAGUGGGCAUUGGAUGUCUUUGUUAAGCUAUUAGUAACUGAUUUACUGGUUAUUGAACUUUUUGUUUCAGAAUCUGCUCCAUGACCUACAAUCUUAAAAUAGAGUUAGCUUUAUUUUAUGGCUGGGUAUAUAUGUGAGGGUUUCAUAUGAGCAACUUUGCUUAAAGGAAGGUAAUACUGCCACUGUCUUCAGUUUUUAUCAUUAUCUACAGAAUAAUUAAUAAUGUCUGAUGCUUUAGUUACCUUUGCAGUUAAUUAUAGUUGCUACCACCCCCAUUUGAGUAGUGAAACACAUACACAAAUAAUUGUGUGAAUCUUUUGUAUAUAAUAGAAACAUGUAGAGUUGGUAGUAGGAUUAGCAACUAAUACAACACCAAUAUGAUAAAUACAAUGUCUCUAAUUCUUAGAAGAUUAGCUUGCAUGAUCCUUUAUUCUUUGUGAAGGGCUGAUGUUACAUUUUGCAGAUUUCACACCCUUGACCCUGGUAACUAAUGAGGCCACCCAUAGCCUCUACUUUACAGAAAGAACCAGCAUUUGUAGUCAAAGCUCAUUUUGGGGAGGUAUAUUGCAAAGAAAAUCUAGGGAAUGCAAUUAGCUUAAAAAAUGUCUGCAAAACCCUAUUCAGACAUCUAAAAGAACUUCCAACAAGCAACUCCAGGCCAACAUAGAUAAAUUAACCCAGGAAAAGAUGCUUUAGGAUGGCUGGCCUAAAAUCCCUAAAAAGGAAUUUAUAAGGAGUAAACUGAACUAGGUAUUUUUAACCUGGGAUUGCAUAUGUUUUUGUUUUGUUGAGACAGGUUCUCACCAUGUAGCCCAGGCUGGCCUUAAACUUCAGUCCUCUUGCCUCAGAGCCUCCUGAGUGCUGGGAUUACCACCACACCCAACAUUAAAUAACUUUAAAAACUUUCUGUAAAUAGAUUCUCUCAAGUUUUUCAGGAUGAGCAUGCUACCGUAUUGGCUCUACCACUUUAAUCAGUCAUGCUAACUGUUAGAAUGAAUCAAAGGAGGACUUACCACGCCCCUACGUUUGCUCCACCCCACAAACAGUGAGGUAACAGUCUUCAUAAUCACUUCUUCCUCUUGGCUUUUAUCUUUUUUUUUUAAUUUAUUUUUAUUAUUUUAUUAUUCAUAUGUGCAUACAAGGCUUGGGCCAUUUCUCCCCCCUGCC